AUGUUGAGAGCCGUAGUUUUUUUCGGCUUGAUUGCUGGUUCAUUCGCUUUGGUAUACAUCGAUGGCAAUUGCCCAGAUAUAACUCCUAAGGGCCCAGUUUCUCUGGAUCAGAUCGCUGGAGACUGGUGGGCAGUUCUACGGGACGAUAAUAGUUGGGAUCUUGAUGGAAAAUGUGUAUUAGCUCAUUUCGAUCCACCUGUAGAUGGCGUGAUAAGAGCUCGGGGCAGUCGUCUUUCGGCAUCGACCAAUGACAUUUCAACAAUAGAAUCCAAUGUUACUUUGAGUGCUGAUAAAGUAUUAGAAUUCCGUCACCAUUUACCAGUUUGGGGCGACUUCGACCAAGAUCAGUUUAUUCUUGACUCAGAUCCUAACAGAUACGCUGUAGUCUACAGUUGUCGGAAUUACCGAUAUCGAUACGUUGAGAAAUUCUGGGUAUUUGCAAGACCUGGAUAUUUGAAUGGAUAUUAUACGAACGGGAACUUUUUGAAGCAAGUAUUAGACAGAUAUGGUCUGAGUUCUCCAAAUUGGGUUAAAGUUGAUAACGAAAACUGUAAUUGA